CCAGGACUGGUUCCGGAACCACUGGCGCCGCCUGGUGUAGAGGGUGCAGGUAUAUCGCGGCGAGUGAGUAUCUCCUCGUCGCGAGCGACUGAGGGUGCCGAUGCGCUUGGCCUGGCGGAACUUUGUGGUACAACUGCCGCGAAGAAAACUAGUGCUAGUCCGCGGAAGGAAGCCUCAGGAGGUGCCAAGGAAGGCUCUUCUAAAGCGAAAGAAGACCAAGAAGCAUCACCUUCAAAAUACCCUCUUCAGGCAGCUACAGUAGUAGAAGAGGCGUCUGAAAAAAUUAUGCAGGACGUCGAUCUUCCGGUUCCGGCGUCAGUAGAAGAACGAAUAGGCGGAGACGAAGAUACGAAAAGUAAGGCUAGCUCGCGCUCGUCCAUGUACGACGAUGAGGAUGACGACGAAGAGGACGAACAAAGCUCAAUAGAUGACGAUGACAUUUACCGUUACAUGCGUAUGAUACCUCGUGACAUGCGUCCGCACGCGAAAUACGUUGCCUUCCUGCGUGAGAAGUUCGAAGAUAGGCUUGCGGCGGCAAAGCACUUGCAGCGCGCAGCAGGCCGGUUGAAUAAUCCGUCAGGAGAAGCAGGAGGAGAUCAACUCGUCGCUGCGCCUAGAAACACUGUUGUAGAUGGGAACGACCACAUCAAUGCUGGAUGGCCAUCUGGGUCUACAAGCAGUCUCCCGAUACCUAUGACUGCGUCGCCUGUCCUGAAUGAACAACAGGUACUUCAGGCACAUGCAAAGCAUCAACAGCACAACCCCGCAGGAGGCACGAAUGCAUAUGCAGCAGGAGGAGCAGAAAACGCAGCUACUAGUUGUAGUCAGGCUCAUCUUUUCCCACCCGACGCCGACAUUGACGGAUUCAUGGAUGAGGACGCUGUCCGUCGCUAUGUUUCGAAAGUGUUUACUUUUGCAGAUCAGCGCGGUUUGCGUUGCUUGCUGACCAAGAACUACUUCGCGGAGGAGAAAAACGAGGCCUCGUCGACAGCCGAAGAAAGCGACGACGAUGACGAGACCGACGACGACGCAGACGACGCCGGAGAUGGUGGACCACCCAACGGCGCAGAUCGUCAGUCGGAAGCAGGUGGAACUGAGGGCCGUGAGUCCAGAGUUGCAGAACAGCGUCUUACUACAGGCGGGAAUGGCACAGACGACGAUCAAGUUGGAGGAGCUGUUGGCGUGAAGGUGGGAGCUUCGAAAAUUCCUGAGGGAGCUGCUGAUGGAGCAGAAGCACAGGUGGUGGCUGAAGACGGUAGGCUUCCUCCAGCACGUGCAACCGAAGGAUCACAGGUGUCUGCUUCUCAGCGGCGCAAAAACUCCGGAGCCAGCCUUGCGUCGGUCUCUUCCAGUAACGGGUCGAAAUCGAAAUUGGCGGGUAUCACGGCGCCUUAUGCUGGCCGUGGUGUGGCAGCUAGUCCAUGGGGCGACGUGGGGCCUCCAAGGCGCAGAAGCUCUGGUGGACGUGGCUCGAGACGGAACUCUAACAGCUCCAUCAGUCAGAAGAAUAGAGGUAAACAAGGGAGCGAUAUAGGCGGGUCUGCGCCGUCUGUGCCAGCAAUGUCUUCGUUGCUGCGGAGCGGCGGGGAUGCGAAUUUUUCAACGGGAGAUCCAAAGAAGAGGAUAAUGCGCAAAGUAGGAGCGGACUCACCACCAAAACCCCGCAAUUUGUUCAGUGACGGUGAUGAAAUAAAAGCUAGCGCUGUUCCUGUUACAACAAGUGGCAAGAGCGGUCAACUAGAUCCGGGCGACGAAUCUGUUGUUGACGUGCAGACUGAGAGCAAGACGCUUGACACUCCAGUAUUCCUACCACCAACCAGUGGUAUCGGGGAAAUUUUAUCCCCGAGCAUCGCAGGGACGCCUUUAGUCAUGGCUGCCUCGUCUUUGCAACAACGAGGAUCGGCAGGCCAACAGCGCGGAUUGAUCGAUCCGGACUCGCCUUCAAUCGCAGAACCCGGUGACCCCAAAUCGAAAAUCCCAGCAGCCGGAGAGCACAAUGCGACGCCACCUUCGUCUACUAGGAACGACUGCACAUCAACAAAAAUCCGGAGGCGAAGAUGUACGCGACCGACCACGGCUAAAAUUGGAGAAGCAGAAGAAGAGCAGGACUUUUUCUCGGACGCGGACGAGUCGCCUGUGCAAUCAGAGUCAUCUUCCCUCUUUUCCUCUCCACGCUUGUCGGCAACUGGAAGAUCAUGCUCUGAGAGGACGACGUCAACUUCAAGUUCGUCUAGGAAUCGUUGCGAAACCGAACCAAUCGAGCUCGUCGUGCCUGUAGGCGACUUGUGCGCUACCCCGACGAUCGCAGACCUGGAAAGCCAGUUCCUUCGUGAACGAGGACCGCGACGAAAGCGAAGACGAGUGCAUGAAGGGAGAAAAACGAACAGAAUGGAUCUCGAUGGGGUAGAACUAGUUGUAGAACGGGAUGAUAGACGAACCGGUCCUCUAGUAGGUGAGGACUACUGUAGUUCAACUACACCUGCUUCAUUUUCAUUUUUAUCUUCAGAUGGACGAAGCAGAAGCACAAGCAGCGGCCCCGUGGUCCACGUUUUUAAGGAGGGUUCACAUCGAAAGAUCUUCACGCGGCACGCGAAGAAAACGAAGAAAGAUGCCACGCAGCAAAAGCAGCCGAGCAGUGACAGUGAGGUUCCCAAGCGUUGGGACUACGGCGUUGAGAAGUUGAGCGACAACCGCUGUGCGACUUUCGCUAACCUUGGUUUAAAUAAGGCUACAAAAAAUGCGUCUUCUUCUUCUCAAACAUCUUACUUGGUGCCGUUUUUUCAGGGAAAAGGGGCACGAAAAUGCUGCUGAAGAUGGAUAUAUGCUGGUAGUGCUUCUAAUUUAUUUCUCACGGAGAGAAACACGCGCGCAGGUAAGCGAUUCGGUGAUGAAGACGUGAUCAAGAAGCUCGACGAGUUGAAGCAUAUCGCAAAGGACCUCAGCAGUCUCGAUUGGCUCAAUCAACGCACUAGCGUCUACUCCUACUUUCGCGAGGAAAACUCCACUGCCUCUGGCGCAAAAGCAACAAAUAUAACGUCCUCGAGUACAGCGCUGGGCGGAGGUGCGUCGGCGAACAGUUCUAACUCAGAUAACAGUGCGGGAACGUCUGGCGCUAACAAUGGGGUUCGUGCGUCUUCAUGCGCAUCCGCACGCGAGGGCUCUAAAACCGCGUUGGGACCAACCUCCACCAGUGGGGACGGAGACGCGGCCGAACGAAUUUUCUUGCCAGACUGGUUCUCAAUCGAUCCAGACUGCGUACCAGAACACCUCAAUUAAGGCAUUUCUUGAAAAUCUGAAUCAUCACUGAGGGAGCAGCCACAGAACAGUGAUAUAAGUGUGAACUUUCACUUUGACGACCCCUUCAUCUUCUAAGCCACGCCCUUGCAUCGCGAGGAGGCAUUGUUGCGUAGCAGCUUCACACUGCGCCAAGAGGAAGCACUGGCAGUCUUGGAUAAGGUUACGUACCUAGAGUGGAAAAUCCAGGAACUACGGUGCGCAGAACUAAUUCAUCAAAAGUCCUUAGCAAAUCGGCUCGAAGACUUCUACUGCAAUCUCGACACCCCUAAGGACGGUGGAGCCAGUAGCGUUCGGGAUUGAAGCUGGUCGAAGACGAGAUUGUCUCUGCUUUCUCUGAGUCCAUACUCGAAGAUCACUCUCCUGCGAUGGAUAUCUUGACCCCAUUCAAACGCUUCAAAAACCUACUUUCGCUUUAGGCGUACAUGUACAAUGCCUAUGUAAGUAGGAAGAUGAAGCAUCAUGAUGCGACGCAAGGUGACAGUUGUUUGAUCAU